AUGUUUGGAGCAGCCUCAGUUGGAAAGUCGUGUUUGAGAGUCCAGUUUGCAGAUCGUAUAUUCCCCCCUCGUGGACCUACACUCACGGGUUAUGUUAACUCGCGGAUUGUCUGUGUUGGCGGUGCGCUCGUCAAGAUGCUGCUUCAAGAGGCAGAUGGACCAGAGUUCCACCAUUGGCAUGGCCAUCACUUUCACGGGGCCUUCAUAGUUUACGACGUCACGAGGCGCAGUAGCUUUGAACUUGUACCCAGCUUGUUCCUUGACGUCAGAUCCAGCUGCACAAUCAACUCUGCCAUGGUUCUUCUUGGAAAUAAAGCCGACAAGGAUUGUGAAAGACAGGUAUCGUAUGCAGAGGGGGACAACCUUGCUAACAACUUGGGGCUGCUAUUCAUGGAGACAUCUGCGCUGGUUGAGGCCAUGGUCGAUGAAGCCUUUCUUACAGCUUGUGAAGCGGCCUGUCUAUGCUGA